UUAUUUCAAAUGGGGGUGACCGAAUGUCGGCAUGAAAUUAUGCCAUCACAGAAUCAAUCACGCUACCAUAAUAAGCUCAACUCUACUAUAAUUUUGCCAUUACCAAAGGGCAAUACAAUUCCCCACGUCAUGUCAAUUUUCCGCUCACAAUUCACGGUCGGUAAGAAUUUUCGUCAAUUUUCGCUCAACAUAAACACCGGAGCCCUGACCCGAUUGUUAGUGGUAAUCAAGAUUAAAAUCAACGAUAGCUAGUGACCACGACGUCGCGCCGUCAGUCGGCGAAAAGUUACCGCCACGUGAGCACCAUAGACGCGACGUAAACAGCCAGUGCUCCACUGGCCGAAAAGAAAAAAAAACAAUGAAAAAAAUCGAAUGACGGAAUCGGAGAUCUAAAUUCGAAUACGCACGAUAUGUGUUCAGACGGUUUUGAUUUUUUGGCGAAAUUGACGUGUGAUUGUGACAGUGCGAAAACUUUUAAGUGAAAUGUGUUAGUGUUAUUGAAUUUAAGUGCUCAAAUAUUAGGUUAUGGUAAGAUUUCUUAACAGGAUGGCAAUAUCUGGGUUUAAAUGUGGAAUUUAAAACCAUAAACCCAGACUAAACGCACGACAGAGCGGGACUUAAUUAGUUUCUAAUUAGUGCGAGAGAGACCGCAGUGGCACCAGUCCAAGAUGAAUCUGAUGUUUCGGAAGAACUUCAGCACGGAGAAGACUACGGGCGGCGGGGGCGGCGGGGGAGGGGGCAAGGCGAGGGGGGCGCUCGGGGCCGGCCGGAACGCGAAGCGCCGGGAACGCGAGCGCUACUCCUCUAUGGAGGAACACACACACUACAGGACGCAUCUUUUUUUCUCGGCGCCGAGGGCCAGUACUCAGUACAACGAGGGCUCAGAACGAUGCGGGCCAGUGCUCGGCGUAGGCUCCGGGCCGGAGGCGGAGCCCCCGCAGCCCCUCGUCACGCGGGAGCCGGGGGUGUCGCUGCUCCGCUGGGACAGGCCGACGGACACCCGGGCGUCCGAGCGGGUCAGCAGGAGGGAGACGAGGACAGAGCCCGUCUCGCUCGCCACGCUCGAGCGCGACUGCUUUGUCAUACCGGCGCACGCGCUGGAUAGGUUCCUGCCUGAUGGCGUCCCUCUUCCAGUCCCCCCUCCAACACCAGAGAAAGGCCAAACAACGAAGACUGCCCAGAACUCACUCAGCAUCCUCGAGAUUGCCGACCCCAAGCUCUGCAUACUCGCCCACCUGAUGAGCCCUCUCGAGCCUAUCGAGCCAAUACUCGAAUCACCAAUGUCCAAGCCCUUAAUCAAACAGAAGGCUGCCGCGGGGGAGCUUUUAACAGAAGUAGCUCAGGCGAAUACAGCUGUAGGAGGGAUGCUACUCGCAAAUAUGGAAAGGAACGCAGAAUUCCCAUUCAUAUCAUAUUAUGUGAUAAAUACUACGCAAACCGAUCCUUUGCUUUUCUACAAUAACAUGAGGAGUGCUUCGCUGAACAAGUUUGAUCCGAAGGCGAUUCGGUACUCGGCGGCGCAUACGCUGGACUUGUAUAGUGAGGUAGCGAUGAUCUGCCGGCCGCCGUUCACGGACUUGGCCGGGGGGCCGAAGAAGUCGCACACGCCGACUACUGGAUUCAUUAUUAGUGUUUAUAAGGUAUUCGAAGGCGACGAUGGCGAGCGCUUCGAGCGCAACUGGCUAUACUGGACCGGCGCGCGCAUGCUCUACCGCCAUCUCCCUCACUCCGUCGGGAUGAGGAAGAUAGCGCUACACAAGUCCGUCGCCAGCCACGGCGACAAGAUGUACCUGCUGGUGUGCGAGUGUGCCAACUUGUUGGACGAUUUGUCGGGCGCGGCGAUGCUGAUCACGGGGCUGCGCGCGCGCCUGUGUGGGUACACCGGCUUGUAUAGGCCCAUACAGACGUUCUAGCAGAGGGAUGGGGCUGUGAGCCCUGAUGUUUAGUGUAUGCUAGAGUAAAAGUCUGGACUGGAAUCUAAUUUGACUAAUUUGAAAGAUAGUUGUUAAAUGGCACAACUUGAUAUAACAUUGAAUUACAAUAGUCGGAUAUAUCAGUCGGAAUUCAGAUCUAUAACAUCGUACAGAAAAACCUUAUCUUAUUGAAAAUACACUCUGCAAAGAGUUUAACCUCUGAGAAAAGAACUGAUAGGAUUAUGGCGGCGCCUUGUUAGGUAGGUACAUGGUACAUAAGGUGUCGAAGUGUAGACACAAUCCGUAGUUCCUCGAGAAAACUCAGCAGCAGUUUCUUCCACAGCCGACGCGUUCGUGGAAGGAAAUUUCUGUACGUGACUAUUUAGUUUUCAAGGUUUCUAAGUACUACGUAGGUACUAUAAUAUGUAUUCAGAGUUGUGUCAUUUAAAAACAUUCGGUUUCUUGAGCUUGCAUUAAUUUGUAAAGGCGUAUAAGAUUGCUCGUCCUAAGAUGCUCCUGAUUGGACCAAAGUAUUAUUAACAGCUGUGACGUGUUCAAUAUUCAAUAGGGUGCAGCAUGAACUUAGACAAUCACGGAGAGAAUCCCUUCUCUCAGAAACGAGGUGAUUUUAAAAACAAUAUUUUUUAAAUACAGGAGUAUGUAUUAAUUGAGGAACGUUCUAGAAAGGCGCUUAGCGACAACUACCGUAUCAUAAUAGAAUUACAGUAAAAAUUUUCUAAAAUCACAUAUUUGACAAUUAUGAAUUGGUACUUAUAGCCUCCUAAGACCCAAGCAUACAAAUAAAAAUCCACUGAAAUUUGAACCUAAAGUGUAGGAAAUAGAGUUGAUUUUGCGUAGUUUCAAAAUUUAACGAAACAAAGCAAAAGCGACUCUGUUCCAAUUGAAUAUGAUUUAAAUUUCAUCAAUGGAGGACGCCUUAGGAGGAUAGUACAUAUAGGUAUGAAGCUAAGACCUACCGUUUAACUGAUAUGAAUAUGAAUCUGAAGCGUAUGCACCCUAUUCGUACAAUAUAACAUUCUGUUUAAAAUUUUAAAGUGUUCAAUAAGUCGAUUUGUUAUUUGUUAAUAUCUUGUGUUAGGCGUUAAACAUUAAUUCUUAAACUAAAAUAAAUGCACAAAUACUGUUAGAAAACCGGCCUUAGGUUCCUAGAGGGGUUUGAGGGUGAAAUGUAUUAAGAAAAGGCUGCUUUUCGACCAGAAUUAUAAGGUAUAAUUUUAUACAACUCGACCAAGCUAAGCCACGAAUGUGAGAGUUGGACAUACCUACGGAAAUGUAGUAGAACUUGGCUCUGGUGGAAAAGCAGACUGAGAAUCGUUCACUAGCUAUGCGAAAUGCCAUCAUUUUUUAUCCUAAGAAUGCAAUGAAAAUUAUGAAAAUUUGAGAUUCUUUAAAAUAAUUAUUUUCAAUACAUUUGUAAACCAUGAGGCACAUAUGACUAAUGCUUACGUUGGGCCUAUGCUGUCCUGUCUUCUUUUUAUAGACAACAUAUUUUAAGAUGAGCUCCGGUAUUGGCUAUGUGCGAAGUGAUAAUGUGUUCUAUACCCGCCAGGGCGGCGCCACAGUCAUUCACAGAGCAUAUAGAGUAGGCGGCUUAAGAAGCUUAGCUAGUGGACGGGGGAUGAUAUACCAGAUCAUAAACAAAUCAGUAAGGAUUCAGUAAGAAACCCCGAAUCAACACUCGUCUUCCAAAGAUCCGAAAGCGCAAGUUAAUUAUGAUAUUUCUCACUCUUACAGUUCCUUACAUAUCCUGAAACAUAUCAUAUAAGUACGACAUAGAUUCGUAGAAGCCCUUUAAGGCCAAUAGGUACACACCAAAUGGUUAUGCAGACCAGGCGCGUGUCUAUCCAGUGAGCUGGAGUCGUGCUGCGUUUGGUGUGAUUCGCCCUUAAAAUUCCCACAUAAUCGGAAACACAACUGGUUUUUGUUAAUUGUUGCCUACCUACUCAUACGAAAAAUAAAUGUAUACGAUAUAUCCGAUACGUGAUUAAUCUUGUUCUCGUAAGUAAUGUUUGGAAAUUUCCAACGGGACCUUCUAGAAAACUAUUUCUUUUCCCUUUAAACUAAAUUAUUUGAUAAAUAAAAUGUAAUUUGGUUACCUACAAUUAAUCGGUUGUGUUUUCGGUAAUAAAUACUGUAUUAGUUUGUAGGCCAUCCUAGCUUAGCUUUUAUCGAGGCCGGUUACACAAGCUAUUUUCGACUUUAUAGACUUUUAUUAAGGUGAUAUUUAUAGUCAGCUCAUAAAUUUGUGUACGAUUAUGCUUUUUUCUUGCACAAUAUUUUACAGCCUAUGUAUAUAUAAACAAGUCAACAAACAGACGACCCAGGACCGAGCUACCUGGAGACGCAUGAUACGGAGGGCCGACCCCAAAUAAAAUGGGAAAGGGCCAGGCAAAGAAGAAGAAGAAGUAUAUAUAAACAAAAAAUACAUACUUUAAAAAGUUUAUCAUACCUACUCAGUUUUUUUAAUAAACAUAAUUUCUGAGCUAAUUAUAAAAUGUUAAACUGGAUGCUUUUCAAUUAGGCACCCAGUCGCUUAGUAAAAUAGUAUAAUUGUAAACUAGAUAAGCUGCUAAACUGUAUGAGACAAUACAACAAGGAAAGACUCGCAAAAAUAAAUUUUCUUCUGUCUCUUAUACCUAAAUUUGACUGGUAGAUUCGCGUCUGUGGUCUAAAACUAGUAAACUCGCAUAACUACAUAAUAUGCUUAAUUUUAUUUUCCAAAAUGAAGUAUUUUGCCACUUUUAAGGUCAACUUCGUGUCGACUAUUUUCUUUGCCAACAGUAAUAAAAUAACGUAGAAAUGUUUUAGAAAAGGCGCUCCUCGGGUAGUUUUUAUUUAUUGCAAAAUAACAUAUUAAUUAAGGACAUUGAUAAUUUGGGAUACGAAAAAUAUUUGCAUUUACUCGUACUUACAAUGUGUACUUCAGCCGUCAGCGUUGGUGUCUAAAUGGCGACUUAAUAGAUUUAAAAAGUAAAUAAUAAAUUAUUUGUAAACAUUAUCUAUAUCAUUCACAUAAUACUAAUACACAAAUGCAAAUGUUUUCCUCCCAAUUUAUCCGUAUUUUUCAAAUGAUUAUAAUAGAUUUAAGAUUAUGGAUAAUUCACUAUAAUGUGCAAAGCUGGAACUUUAUGGAAUCAAACAAGUUAUUAUAAAUACAUAUGUAAAAUAUUUUAGCUCUUGAAUUAUUAAAAUAAAUAGAUACGCUUCAAUGCUGUAAUGCACAAAUAAUACAUGGAUUAAGCGUUGAGAUAGAUUAGGUAUUCAAUAUAUUUUGUUAUUUAGAGAUAGUUUGUUAUAUUUUGUCUUGUCAAUUAUCAUAAUCUAUGUGACUAAAUAUAAUAUUUUAUGCCAUUUAUAUUUAUUUGUAAAUGGUUAUUAGUCGUUAUUGGUCUAUUCUUUUGUUCAUUGUUAUUCGUUUGUAUAUUUUAUGUUACAUAUUAUGUUUUAACUGAUAUAUAUUAUAAAAUCUUAUUUAUUUAACAUUUCGAUUCUAAAGUAAACAAUAAGAGGCAGACUUACUUUGGUUCAGCCUGCUUUCCAUUUUAACAGAAAUUAAAACAAUAAUUAUAAGUAGUUUAAUAACUACUUUUGGCCACUGACCAAAAAUACCCAAUAAGUAUUGUGAUUCAAUAAUAAUAAAAAUACGUACGUAACAUUCAAGUGUUCAUUUAACAUCUAAUCGAAAAAUGCAGUUAUGUUUACUCGAAAAAAAUAACUCAAAAUAACAACGAAAGUUUUUUGACAUCAAGAUAAAUACUGGUUAUUUUUAAGGCACGGUUAUUUUUGCUAUGGUGCUAAAUCUAGUCGAUAUGUAGGAAAGCAAUAAAGGCUUGCAUUUGUUAAUUAUCUAGGAUAAUUAUUACUUUAUAUAUUUAUCACAGGACUACCACUUAACUCAGUCAGUUCCUUGGGUAAGUUCAGUAGUGUAGCGGUGAAUAUUCAGUUUAUAGUUUAUAAU